AGAGGUGCGCUAAGCAUGUCAGACGUGGAGUCUGGACUUCUUCAUCUGAUCAUGGAGCCAAGCAGCUCGCGCUUUCAUCUGUGGAAGGACUACAUGGGCCUGUCGGACACAGUAAAGGAAAUCCUGGGUCGCAACCCCCCCACCGAGUCCUACCUGGAGUGCGGGGGCCAUCGUUCAAGCAAAUAUGACUUGAACAGAGACAUGCGCAGCAAUGCUGCGCUGCAGAGUGCCCCAGCGGGCACAGACCUCCUUCGUGCACCCCCGCUCCGGAGCCCCAGGGCCCCCCAUCUCCCAGGUAGCUUUGAAGUGCCGCCGCCGGAGCCGCCAAAAUCCAGGUCCAGGGACUCAAAGGACACCGGGAGAGGUCGUCUGGAUCAACCGGAAACCCCCUCUUCCCCUGAUGGACCCAUGGUCUGCAGUUUCUGCAGACACAACGGGGAGUCCGAGAUGGUGUACCGCUCCCACUGGCUGAAGAACCAGAAAGGAGAUGUGUUGUGUCCCUACCUGCGGCAGUACGUGUGCCCGCUGUGCGGGGCCACGGGGGCCAAAGCGCACACCAAGCGCUUUUGUCCGAAGGUGGACAGAACUUAUUCUUCAGUUUAUGUGAAGUCUAGGCGUUGAAAAGACUCAAUCCAUUGUAAAUAUGUGUGUGGUUUGUUUUGAAUUAUUUUUAACCUAAUUUGCAUGGUGUGCUGUUGUAAAAUUAAUAUUUUCAAAACAUUAAAACCAGGUUGUCUUUGGUUGCAAAA